AUGUCGGAACAAGAACGUAUACAAGAAUGCCUCAGGAAAGAAAUAAGGUCACUUCUUAUUUCCACCAAAGAUGGGUUGACUCCACAGCAGUUGGAAAAAGAGUACCUUUUGAUGGUUGGCAACCACUUACCACUCCGAGUCCUUGGGUAUCGGUCCACGAUGGAACUGGUGUUGGACAUGCCUGAUGUGGUUAGUGUCUGUCCCUGUGGGGAUGGUACAGUAAUACUGAAAGCCAUUCCAGAUGAAUCCACCAAAGGAAUAGCAAGUUUAGUUGCAAAGCAGAGGAGCAGCCAUAAGGUUCGAAGCUCCAUGCCAAAGGGAAGGGCCACUGUUUGCUCUGGGACAAGCUCUGGUCGAGUGCCUUACCGAGGAAGGGUGACCCCUAUUCUUCCAGCUGUUGUGAAGAGUGAGUUGAAAGAUCUCUUGGCGCUGUCUCCUGUUCUCCUUUCCGAUUUUGAAAAGGCAUUUGCCAAGCGAUUUGGACGAUCCUUUCAAUAUGUGCAAUAUGGAUUCCUCUCAAUGUUCGAAGUGCUGAAUGCAGCUUCAGACGUCAUUUCUGUAGAGCAGACCAGAGCGGGUUCUUUGUUGAAGCUAAAGAAGAGCAUAUCCAUGGAAAAGCAGAGAGGAUGGCCAGCAGGUAAAAUUUUUACCCAGCCAUUUAGAAUGAAACAACAUGGGUCAUAUCCUACAGGCUGUGUGGUUGCAAAGGCACGCUUUCCACAACACACUCCAAACACGGAACCACCAAAGCAAAUACUGAGCAUGGACAAGACUGCCACGUUCAAUGCAGUGGAGACUUCAAGGUUGAAUCACACUGAAAAAUUAAACCAGUUGGAGAACACGUUCAAAUCAGUCAUUGCACAAAUUGGACCUGGAGGGACCAUCCAUCCAGAACUAAAACAUAAGAUAAAAUUUGUUGUAUCUAAGUUUCCAGAGGGUUUGUUAAUUUCUAAACUUCUUGGAGAGUUUGAGGUAAUUUUUAAAGAACAGCUUUCGCCAAAAAAAUUGGGCUUUUUAAAUGUGACAGAACUUGUUGGAGCUCUUAGUGACAUUCUCCGUGUUGAAUUCAGGGAAGGAGAACAAGACUUGCUAGUGUUUGAUGCUGAUAUGAGGCCUGUACAACCUGUUCAACCAGAAAAGAAAAUGGAAGCCAAAGCUUGUGUCUUCAGUCCCCCUAGAAAUUCACUGUCUACUGCUGCUGUCAAGGAGACUGUGUGGGAUUGCCCUUUGAAAAACCAUAAAGAACCAGAACAGAAGAUUUAUAAGAAGCCUAAUCUGGUGGUAAAGCCUUUGCAGCUGCAAGUAGGAAUAAGCAGAUCACAACUCAGCUUGGCAAUGGCAAAUCAUGAUAUCCCACCAGAUGCUGUACAGGAGAAGAAAUUAUGCAGACUUCCACCAUUAGAUACCAGUACCCUCGUGGGGGUCUUUGUGGAAUAUAUCAUCUCUCCAAGUCAAUUCUACAUCCGAAUCUAUAGCAGGGAUUCAUCAGAGUUACUUGAAGACAUGAUGAUUGAAAUGCGGCGUUGUUACUCUAACCAGCUGGUUUCUGAUCGAUAUAUCAUGCCGGAAUGUUUCGUCCAGCCGGGACACCUGUGUUGCGUAAGGAUUUCUGAGGAUAAGUGGUGGUAUCGGGUUAUUAUCCAUCGAGUGCUUGGGAAAAAGGAAGUUGAAGUUUUCUACCCAGACUUCGGAAAUAUUGGAACUGUUCAGAAAUCCUCUCUGAGGUUCCUCAAGUGCUGCUACACAAAGCUUCCCGCUCAGGCUAUCCCUUGCUCUUUGGCUUGGGUGAGACCGGUAGAGGAACACUGGACAUCCAGAGCUAUUUUGCAGUUCCAGAAGUUGUGUGGUCUGAAGCCAUUAGUAGGAGUAGUGGAUGAAUACAUUGAUGGGAUCCUUAACAUUUUUCUGUGCGACACAUCCUCACAUGAAGACGUCUAUUUCCAUCAUGUCUUAAGAGCAGAAGGCCAUGCUAUCGUAUGCCGAGAAAAUGUCCCUUCCAAGGGCUUCAGAGACCUAAACCCUUUAGCUUUAUACACUCAACCCAGUGGAGGGCCAGAUAAAGUUGUCUUGACAGAACUGGGUUAUUCUUCCCAGCAGCACUAUUUUAAUGAAGACCGAGAGAUAAGUCCACGAUCCAAAGAGAGUGAUUUCCAUACCCUGAAAGAUAUUAAUGAUGAAAAAUGUUUAAGUCAUCUUAAAUCUGUGUCAAAGGAGCCAUUAAAGGAUUCUGAAUCCAGUUAUUUGAAAACCCACAAGAGCUGUGAAGAUCUAAAGUGGUCUGUUCCGGAGCCAAAGGAUCCGAAGGAAGAAAAUGAGGAUGAGAUCCCCACUGGAAUGCCAUGCCUGGAGUCAGUGACCAUAGGUGAUGAUAUCUGGGAUGAGAACUGGCUACCACUGCAGGCUAAAAUAGGAAAAGGAGGCGAUUCUGCCUCCCACUUAUUUACCUCAAGCCUCGGUGGAAAGAAGCAAUGUCCUCCAUGUGAAGAAAUGCCACAGAAGGAUUGGUGUUUUCCUACACCCAAAGAUAUAUGGGAUGAUUCCUGGCAGCCUUCAGGCCUUGUGAAUGGACUGAAAGUAGAAAUUAAAAAACAAGAAGAGUUGGAUACUCAAGAAAAAAGUACUGGUACAACCAAGAUUCAAAAGCAACCAAACUUAAAGGGUUCUUCGGAUUCUUCCGCACUGCCCAAAUUGGAAGAGUUCUACAUCUCCCUUUUCCAGUCACAGCAGUCAGCAGAAGGGAGCCACUUUGAACCUAACAGCCUCCAGACUCCACCAAAGCAAAUUCAGCUGCCCACAGCAGCGGCCAGCUCAGCGACUGCAGCAGCUGAUGCCCCAGAAGAGCACUCUGGCUCUGUGGAGAGCUCUCCAGGGAGCCUAAAGAAGGAAGAUCUUUCUAGUAGCCAUGCUAUCGCAGUGUUCAAGGAUAAGAGUCAAGGAGCCUUGGACCAGCUGUCGUUGAUUUUGUCUCCUGAGCACAAGAUUUCUCAGAAGCUCUACAUCCCUCGAAGUACGGCCACUGCUGCCUUGGGAGCUGCCGCGCGGCUGGCCACAUCCAGGAGCUUCCUGCACUGGUACCCCAGUGUGAAAAGGAUGGAGGCCUGAGCGGGGAGGGGCGCACGGGGUGCUUCGCUCGUCCUAAGGGACUCUGAUAGCUUUGUCAUGCCGACUGUCCAUGUUGGUGUGAGUUCUGAAACCUGCCCUCAGCCUGCUAAACAAGAGAAGCUCAGGACACUCCCAUCCUCCCUCCCUCCCCACGCUGGUGUUCCCUCGCC